GGAAGAUUUUUGAUUUGUUUUGAAGUUUUGAUAAAGUGCUGAACUGAACACAUUUUCAAACAGAGAUUUAUAAUAAAUAUAUAUAUGUAAUUGUUAAAAUGUUUGCCGUAUCGGAUUUUGAGCCUGAUGUUCCGGGUAAUACUUUGAAUUUUGUCAAGAAGGCUGUGAAGAGAAGGAAAGAAAACGUGAAAAAACUAACCUCCAAAACUGAUGAUUUGCCUAAGUUUUCCCCUAAAAAUUCAAAAAAUAAAAAGAACAAGUUGAAACGUAAUCUAAAUAGCACCAGUACAAAAUCUAGUGUUAUCAAAAACAAAUUUAAAUCGAAUACUUCUGACAAAAUCAACAAUAAUUUAAGCAAUGAAAGCAAAAACUUUACAAAAAAAAGUAAUGACCAUAGGACAUCGCCUAUUAAACCCGAAAAUGGACACGAACUGAUGAAAAAAGAGUUAAUAAAGGGCGGAUCUAAUGGUGAUUUAAGUAAGUCUGCUAAGAGAAAAGCAAAAAAGAAGAAACUAAACCAAUUAAAUGAAAUACCCAUAGAUUCACCAAAACCAAGCUCAACAGACUUGGGAGAGCUUAGCUUGUCAGGUGAGAACCCUAGAAAGAGAAAAAUAAACGAUAGUAGUAAAAAACCAGUGACUAAACUAAAAAAAGUUAAAACUGCUUUGGAGUCUAGUAUUGAAUCCAUGGACAUCACACACUUUGAGUCUGACAAGCCCGAUGAAGUGUUAAUUGAGAAGAAAAAGAAGCAAAUAAAUGAUGCAUUGAAAAAUGAUGAUCAAGAAGAUGUUCUUUUCUCGGAAGCUAACUCAAAACCUAGAAAAACAAAAAAGGAUAAAUUUAAAAAAAUAUUAGACAUGGCCUCACAGAGAAAUUCAAUCAAAACCAGUGGAAGUAGUUUGAGGGAAAGAAUGAUGGAGAAACUAAAAUCAGCCCAAUUCCGCUAUCUCAAUGAGAAGUUGUAUACUUCAUCAGGAUCGGAAGCCAUGCAGUUGUUCCAGAGUGACCCCUCUGCCUUCCAGACUUACCAUCAGGGCUACCAACAGCAGCUAAAGAAGUGGCCAGUCAGUCCCUUAGAUGUCAUUGUUAAAAGUAUUAAGAAAUUGCCUAAGACUGCUCUAAUAGCUGACAUGGGUUGUGGAGAAGCUAAUCUAGCAAAGCGAGUACCCCAUAAAGUGAGGUCAUUCGACCUAGUGGCUACGGCUCCGGGCGUGGAAACCUGUGACAUGGCCCACACUCCUCUUCUAACUGGUUCAGUAGAUGCGGCAGUGUACUGCUUAGCGCUUAUGGGAACUGACCUCACUCAGUAUUUAGUUGAAGCCAACAGAGUUUUGAAGCAAGGAGGCCAGUUGUUGAUAGCUGAGGUAGAAAGUAGAUUUGAUGAUGUGGAUGCCUUCGCUAAUGAGGUCCAGCGCCUCGGCUUCAAACUGACGAAGAUGGACAAGAGUCAUACGGUAUUCUUCUUUAUGGAGUUUAAGAAAAUGCAGGAGGCACCAUCCAAGAAAGCUAAACUACCGGUGCUGUCAUUGAAACCUUGCUUGUACAAGAGAAGGUAAUUUACAUUGUGUAUAAUUAAUUACACAGGGUAAAUAAAUAAUGUAAAUCUUAUUGCUUUGUGUUCUCAUUAAUUUAUGCAUAAUAUUUGUUAAAUCUACUUGAGAGAGAAUGCAUGUUACAAAUAUCCAUUCUCUGGAUACAAUAUUCUAUGAGAGUAUCACUGCAACUCACUUGCUCUUUUAUGCAAUUCUCUAUGAGUGGCACUGUCAAUCAAAAAAGAUGCGGGUAGUGCCACAAAUUAUAGGUAUACAGUAUACAUAGUGAAUUUUUCAGUGAAAUGUGACAUUAUACCUAUACAGGUCAUGCCUUUUCUUACUCUGUAUAUUUUAUAAAUUUUUAUUUUCUAUACCUAUUUGGUUGUUAGGGUAAUAAGAAUACAUAAUUGAAAGAUCAGUUUUAUUCAUAUUUACUUUAUUGCCAUUCCAAAAGCCAACAUACUGUUAUGCAAACCAUACAUUUCAAAUAAGUAAUAAAAACUUCAUCAAAAAUCUAAAUGCACUUUCAUAGCAUGUACAUUAUCUUUUAAUUUAAUAUUAUGAAUAAAAUUAAAAGAAUAUGACACACCACUAAGGCAUCUACUGCCUUAAUACCAUAAAAAGCAUUACAUUACUCCCUUCACUGUGGUUUUAAUAAAUAUAAAACAAAACAAAUGAAUUAUAAUUCUGACUUGACAUUUAUCAUAAAGUAAUAAUGCCGCAAUUUUAUUAAUUUUAAACCACAGAGAAAGUUUCAUUUUUAAGCUACCACAUCCAAAUAUAGAAUGCGCUAUACACACAUUUCUAAUGUUUAAAGAUCUUAAUCAUCAAAAAU